AUGUCGUUAAAGGCAUGUCUUGAAAGUCAUGCGGUUGGCGAGCUCGUACGCGCUAAAGGCAUCAUGGUGGACGUGCCGCAUAGCGCGCCAGUGCGCGAUGCGCUGCAGCUGAUGCGCAUGCACGGCAUCUCCGCGCUGCCCGUGUGGGCUCCGCCCAACGAGUGGGUGGGCGCGGGGGGCUCCUCCAUCAUGGUCGCGGACAGCACCAGCGGAAGCGGGGGCGGGGGGGGCGGCUCAGGGUCAGGGUCAGGCGGUUCAGAGGUGGUAGAGGCGGGUGAAGAACGCGGGGAGGCGGGGGAGAAGGGCGCGGGGGCGGGCGCGGGGCGGGCGCGGAGGCAGUACAUCGGGAUGGUGAGCGUGCUGGACGUGCUGAUGCACUUCGCGCAGUCGUCCGCGCGCGACGACCCCACGUGGGCGCUCGACGUGCCCAUCUCCACGCUCAUUGGCCACUGCCUCGAAGGGCUCUCCUGCUGGACCCUGCCUUUCCAUCUCUCAGUGCUCGACUCCUUGGAGCCAAUGAGCAAGGGCGUGCAUCGGGUGCUGCUGCCACUGCCAUCCGCAGACCGCCCCCCCUCGGGCCCCAUUGUGCCGCUUUCCGCUGCCACUCAAAGCGGCUUCUCCCGCGGCCUCCUCACCACCGGCUGUGCUCCUGCCUAUACCAUUCUCAACCAGGUGGAUCUGAUCAAGUUCAUGAUAGCUGAAGCACAGGCAGAGACAGGCGGCCAGCACCACCACUUCAAGUCCAGCAGCAGCAACGGCACCACCGCCACUGCCGCACCCUCGUCCUCUUCCUCAGCUGCUCCUCCUGCUGCCAUGGGCAGUGGCAAGUCCCUAGCAGAGCUGCUGCAGCUGUCAGUUAAGGAGGCGGGGGCGGUGCAUGGAACAGUGUUUGCUGUACCAGCGAGCAUGAAGGUGCUGGACGCCAUUCGUUGCAUGCAGCAGGCAUCUGUGGCUGCUGUGGCCGUGCUGGAGCCCACGCCAGAUGACAAACUCGACGACCCCAUGCUCGUCUUUGGCCAAGGGCGUUGCCUGGUGGGCACGUUAUCAGCCAGUGACCUGCGCGCCUGCAGUGAGGAGGCAGCGCUCACAGCCCUCCCCCGCUUGACCGUCGGUGACUUCCUCGCCACUCUCUCGGUCGCUCAAGACGUCGGAAUCUCUGCUGCUUUCAGCCCAUAUGCCCCUCCUCCCGCCCUCGCCACCCUUGCGUCAAACUCCCCGGCUUCAUCUCCUGCUCGCAUGUGUGAAGCGCGAUCCAUGGUGCCGAUUACUUGCCGAGAGCACUCUCGGCUAGGCGUGGUUAUGUCUCAGGCGAUUGCUGGGCGUGUGCAUCGGGUGUGGGUGGUUGCGGAUGAUUCGUCAGGAAUUCUUGUGGGCGUGGUGACCUUGUCGGACAUUCUGCGAUGCAUAAGAGAGCACGCUGAAGGGGAGCGAUAA